AUGAGGAAGAUUCAUAGUGUUCGUAAGUCUUCAAGGAAAAAAUUAAAAUAUCAUGAUGCAGAGGCUGAUGUUCUUGGCUCUUUCCACUUUGAAGAUAGCCCCCAAAAGGAAGAAGAGGUUGCUGGGUCUCGAAAUACUCAUGGAGAUUCUGAGUUUGUUGAGAGUUCUUCAUCUUCCACAGCCUUUUGUGUUAGCAAUCACAACAACAAAGGUCUCUUCUUCUCCAACUCACCCGUCCAUGUGUCGAAAGAAGCCUCCUGUGAACCCUCGGUUGAAAAAGGUGAUUGUUGUACUCAUGAAAAUGAGGAAGUAGCAGGUCCUAUUCAUGUGUCUGGUAAAGAAAGGGUUCCUGAAAAUUCAGAUGCUGAGGAUUUGGUUUGCGUUCUCCCUUCUACCGGAAUUUUCUCUCCGAUUGUGACGACGCCAACCCCUCCCUCCGGCUCAGCUGCUGAUGAACCCUCGUCGCUACCCCUCUUGACGUUGGAAAAGCGUGAUGACCAGGUUAGCUUGCCACGAUUUUCUAAUGGAGGCGCUGUGGAUGCGUUUGGCUGCUUCACUCCACCCCUCAACCUCCAGUCUCCUCCGUCUUCAGUGGUCUCAUCCACUAAUGGAAAAGAUUCUCUUUCUGUUGAGGGUCGUACACUUUUCCCCGUCGUGCUCCUUCAUGGGAAUGGAAAAUCUUCUGCUUAA